GAUACUGUUGUUGGCACUCAGUUGUAGUGGCACGGCAUCUUGUUUUGUGUGCCACACACAAGAAAAACAAACGCACACAUACACACACUCACAGCUUAGCAUCACAUCUGCAGUGGAGACGAUGGCUGACAGCUGAAACCCGCCUAGUGACCAGACACAGUUUACAGGUAUCAUGAUGGAGGUGGCAGGUCCCUGGACAGAAGUGUUUGAGGGCUCGGAGAGAAAGGAGAAGUCCGGAGUAGCGGAGACGCUGCUGGGGAGCUCCACCCUGACUCUGGCUCCUCUGGUCGCGGACUCUCCCUGCGUUCGCCGCUCCCAGCCCAUCUUCAUCACCUCCAGCAGGGUGAAAGGAGUGGAGUCGUUCUCUUCCUCUGUCCCGUCCAUCCCCAACCCCUUCCCAGAGCUGUGCAGCCCCUCCACGUCUCCGGUGCUCAUCGGUUCAUUCCCACCACCGUCAAGUGAAAAACAUCUGAUAAAGGUGUACGGGGAGGACAGCUACAGCAAGUCGGUGUGGGUUUCUCGCAGAGCUACAGCCAGAGACGUGUGUCACAUGUUGGUGCAGACGGCUCACUGCAGCGACCAGGAGAACUGGGCUCUCCUCGAGCUCCACCCCACCCUCGGUCUGGAGAGAUGUCUGGAGGACCACGAGGUUGUGCUGGAGGUUCAGGCGACCUGGUCUCUCAAGGGCGACACAAGGCUCAUUUUCUGCAAAAACUACGCCAAGUACGAGUUCUUCAGGAAACCAGUGCUCUUCUUCCCAGAGAGCAUGAUCUCCGACAGCGCCGAUGUCAGCAAGGGGAUGACAUCAUCAGAGCUCAUUCAGAACCUGCUGAGGUCUGGGACGUGUCCAGAGAUCCAGGGCUUCCUGCAUGUAAAGGAACCCAGCCGUAAGGCCUGGAAGAAGGUCUACUUCUUCCUGCGGCGCUCCGGACUCUACUGCUCCACCAAGGGCUCAUCCAAGGAACCUCGGCACCUGCAGUAUGUGGCUGAUCUGGAGGACUUGAACGUGUACACUGUGGUGAACAGCCGUAAGCUGUACGGAGCACCUGCAGACUUCACCUUCUGCAUCAAGCCUUCCAGAAACCCUGUCCGUGUUCAGGACCUGAAGAUCCUGUGUGCUGAGAACGAACAGACACGAACUUGUUGGACAUCGGCUUUCAGAUUGUUCAAGUAUGGGAAGCAGCUUCAGUGUAACUACCAGUUGUCGAAGGCGGCCCCACGCAGCCUGGAAGGAACCAAGCUCACAGAUGGCAAAUCAAAGUCGGAGGCCAGCCUGGUGGCCAUGGACUUCUCAGGGAAGGCCGGAGGACGGGUCAUCCAGAAUCCAACGGAGGCCCAGAACGCUGAGAGGGAGGAGGGACAAGCUUGGAGGAGGAGAGAAGCCCUGAGGUGCAGUCUGCCCAACCUCAACUCUGGCGCCCGACCUUCCUCCAUCCACAAGAUCCAGCCGUGGUUUCAUGGCGGCGUGUCCAGAAGGGAAGCACAGAGGCUGAUAGAGAAGCAGGGGCUGGUGGACGGGAUGUUCCUCAUCCGUGAGAGUCAGCAGCAUGGACAGUGCUUCGUCCUGUCUCUGUGUUACCAGCUGAAGACCAAACACUACCUGGUGAUCCCUUGUGAGGACGGAGGCAGGAAGUACUUCACCAUGGACGACGGGCUCACCCUCUUCAUAGACCUCCUGCAGCUGGUGGAGUUCCACCAAAUCAACAAGGGCAUCCUCCCCGUCUGCCUCAAACACCCCUGCGUCUGUGUAGCACUGUAGACCCCGUACGACCCGCGUGACCUCAGCUCUUCAGUGUAACCUCUCCUCCUGGUCCUGGAUCAGUCAUCCAGACCUUCACUUCGUCUAAAGUGUGAGCCCCAGUCUAAAUCGUCAGAUUGUACUGAUAUCUAUUAAGCACAGCUGAUAAAGAGCAAUUACACGAGCAGUGCAAAGGUGUGCGUCUGAGUGAUAAUCUUAUCGGGGGGGGGGGGGG